AUGGCACGUCUUAUUUUGCCGUUUAUAAUUCUACUUUCGUUCGUGGUUACGGUGUUUAGUGGAGAAAACCAAACCAAGCCCACUCCAACACCAACUCCAUCUACUACUCCUCCAACACAUACGGCAACUCCAUCAUCAAAUCCUGCGAAGGGGGUUGCGUCUAAAAUAGUAGAAUUCGCGACUGCAAUACCUAAAGUAAUAACAUCAGUAAUUUCAACUGGUUUUCAAUUAUUUGACAAUAUUUUCGGAGGGUUUUAA